CCUGACCUGCCUGCUUCUGGUUUUCUCGUUCCUGUCAAUUCCUUCAUGUGCCUUCGCCUUCGAGGACUGAUCUCCUGGUUACCAAACUACCUGCUCGUCUUUACCGUUCUUGCGCUUGCCUACUCCCUUGUAAAAAAAAUAAAUAAUAAUCUACAGUUGCACUUCUGCAAUUGGGCCCACACUACUCCGGUCUCGGUGUUCAUUACAACUUUGAGGAAGUGAUGGUUGUACAGAUGGUGAUUAGUGGUGAAACUCUGACAGAGAGAGGAUCAUGGCCGACAUCUACCAUUAUAUUUUUUGUCGCCUUGUGACCAUUUUAUACUUACUAACAGGUGUCAGUGGAGACACUCGUUCUCUGUACACCAGAGUGGGAGAUAAUGUAAGUCUGUCAUGUACCAAUGUGGUUUAUCCAAACUGCUCCUCAACUACAUGGAACUAUCACAGAACUGGAUUAGAGAGUGUGAUUGAAGAGGUUGGACAUGGGAAGAUUAAAACUAACUCAAAGAGAGCAAACAGACUGAAAGUGGGGUCUGACUGUUCUCUACAUGUUAGUGAUGUCAGAGCUGAGGAUGCUGGAAUCUACACCUGUCGACAAUACCUUAGUAAUGGACCACAACAUGGAAGUGAUGCUCCUGUUCAUCUGUCUGUUCUAACCAACUCCUCUUCAACACCAGAGACAGAUGUAAAGCCUGAUAGACCAGUAACAAGGUGCUUUCUGUACACAUUUGAUGGACCUGGAAAAUGUCGCCAAGGUAUUACAGAACCUGUUAGUCUCCUCUGGGUGGAUGAGGCAGGUAAUAAGCUGAAGAAUGACUCCAGACACCAGGUCACACAAACAUCUGAGUGUGACAUCACUCUGACUGUGACACUCCAGAAGGAGGACAACAACAGGAAGUGGACAUGUCAGCUGAUUAUAGAUGGAAAGAAGGAGAUCUCCAUUGAUUUCACAUCCAUGGUCCCAGGAAUUACAUACUCUACUCAAGGACCAGCCUGGUCACCAACUUCCCCACAUUCUGAAAAAUCUCCCUAUGUAAAUCUGAUGUAUGUGUUUGUGGGAGUGGCUAUUGUAGUUGCUGUUUGUGUUGUUGCUGCUGUCAUCAUAUUACACAGGAGAAAGAAGAAUCAAAUACCAGCUUAUGGAGGCCCUGCCAGAAACAAAGAUUUGGGUCUGACUGCAGUAAACUCUACCAGCCCACCAGCCAAUGAAGACAGGAGUCAACCUGCUGACUGUAUCACCUAUGCCUCCAUCGGACAUAUCGACCGAGAUCCUCCUCAAAACGUUGAUGCCCAUGGUGAGGAUUCAGUGACCUACGCUUCAGUUAUGACCUCUACUGACAGAGGAAGAGAGACAGAGAACCCUGCUGACCCCAACUCCCUCUAUUCUACUGUCAAUAAAGGAGCCAUCAAGACAUCAACAUAAGGACUAUAUUUUAUUCCUUUAGCAGACGUUCUGAUCCAGAGCGUACAUUUCAAGUAAGGUGAAACAGCCACACAGCUUAAUAGUGAGUGGAUACUAAUCAGCAAAUUAGUUAUUGGUAGAAGUCAGUGCUGGAAAUUAAAUCGUACACAUUAUUCAAGUUUCUGCUCUACUAGUGUAACUGGGUUGAUUAGGUUUUCUCUUUUCACUGAACAAAUGUGUAAUGAAUGUUCCGGUAUUGUUACUGGCUGGUUUAUGCCAGAUGACAAUAAGGCACAUUCUUAUUGGCCCCGCUUGCACAUCAAGGGAGGUUGCAAACAUCUAAAUCUUUCCCAUCUCAUAUCGGUUGUGGAUUAUUUUUAUAUGUAUCUUAAAUUACUGUGUUAGUGUGUUAGCUAGCAUGCUUGAUUGGAAGCGUCACAAUGGCCCUCAUUUAUCAUUCUUUCGUAGAAACGGGCAUAUAUGUUGGCGUAGGAUUUUGCUUACAAUCCUCUCACCGCCUGAUUUAUGAAGCUGUGCGUACCUUUAAAAUCCAGGUGUACGCAAUACCUGCCCUUGAUAAAU